AUGGGCCUAGUAGUCAUUGAGCCCAAUGGUGGCACUGCUAGAAUACUAAGAUAUUGGUUGAAAACACAUAAAGCUGGAACAUUGGAAGUAUUUGCAAAUCUACCAGGUUUUGGAGACAACAUAAAACGGAGUGCAAGAGGUGGAUUUUGGUAUGGAAUUAACUCAAAAAAAGACACAUUUAUGAAAUGGAUACAAUCAUAUCCAUGGAUAGGAAAAGGGUUGGUUAUGCUUCCUUUUGAAAUAACAAAAAUUUACUCAUAUUUAGCUAAGGUGAGUGGGAGUAGUGGAAUGGCAAUAAGGCUUAGUAAUGAAGGUGAUGUGUUGGAAAUCGUUGAAGAUAGUAGAAGUGGAAAUAGAAUGUCUAUUAGUGAUGCUGAGGAAAGAGAUGGAGUAUUAUGGGUGGGAUCAGUUGAUACACCUUUUGCUAUUAAGUAUAAUAUUCUUGUGGCACAAGAAUAA